AGAUAUGAGAGGCAAACCCUAAGCUUAAGUAACUUAAAAGUAAUAACCUUAAAAGUAGGGUAAUGUACGUAAACCUUUAGAGAGGUAUAAUAAUAAUUUAGUGAAAUAAGACCAGGAUUGACAGAUGAUGAGAUUGAUGAAAUUAGAGAAGCAUUCAAUCUUUUUGAUACAGAAGGAACUGGUAGAGUUGAUCCAAGAGAAUUAAAGGCAGCAAUGUAGAGUUUAGGAUUUGAUUAAAAAAAUCCUACAAUCUUCAAUAUGAUUGCAGAAUUGGAAAAUGAAGGGUAUUAAUAUAAUGUAAAAAAUAGAACUGAUAUUGACUUUGAUUAAUUUUUAGAUGCAAUUACAUAAAAAUUAGGUAAUAGAGAGAGUAAAGAUGGGAUCAAUAAAAUAUUUGAUUUAUUUGAUGAUGAUGGUAGCAAUAGCAUAAACUUAAAUAAUUUAAAAAGAGUAAUAUUUAAUAUUAAUUAAUUAGGUAGCAAAAGAAUUAGGUGAAACAAUGACUGCUGAAGAAUUGGCAGAAAUGUUGGAACGUGCAGCUUCUAAUGGAAGAGAAAUUACCAGAGAAGACUUUUAUAAUAUUAUGGUUAAGAGAACAUUUUGAAAAUCUUUCAGAUAACUCAAU